CUCAGGACGCCCACUGUCAUGGAGGCCAGAGCACUUUGGGUGCUGCUGCUGGUCCUGGCCCUGGGGUCCUCUGGAAGGGCUGAGGAGUACAUCGGCCUGUUGGAAAGCCAGUGUGCCAUCCCGGGCAGUGAGAGAGUGGACUGUGGCUACCCUGCCAUUGGCAAGGAGGACUGCAAUAACCGCGGCUGCUGCUUUGACUCCAAGACUCCAGGGGUGCCCUGGUGCUUCAAGCCUCUGCAGGAGACAGAAUGCACGUUCUGAAGCUCUGCUCUCUGUGGCCUGGGAUGGCACCUGCCUGUGGAUGGUGGCUGGCAGAGGGGGCUGCCCGUCACGGCUCCCCCUGCUCUGGGCAGGCGCGUCAGCUGAACACUCCUGUCCAGGGUCUGCUGUCUAAAGAAUAAAGCUCUCAUGCUCA